AUUGCAGACAAAUUAACCUUAGACCGGCAGGCUAUGAAAGAUAGAUCAACAUCUCAUCUGAGAAUAUAUGUUGGUGGUUUGACAGAUAAAACUACUGUGGAUGAUUUGUAUGAGCAUUUUAUACAAUAUGGUCAAAUAAAUGGUAUAAUUGUUAACAAAAACUUUGGCUUUGUCCAAUUUGAUGUAGAACAAAGUGCUCAGAAUGCAAUUUCCAAAGCAAACGGAAGUAACUUAAAAGGAAGAGCAAUUAGUGUAAGAACAGCACAGACAAAUCCAGAUAAAAGCAGACAGACGGAAGUUGUCACGGUACAGUCUAGUAUACCACCAGCUGUGGCCCUGUCAGACAACUUACCUGUGGUGAAUGAUGAUGCAGCUGCUGAUGAACCUUACGACAGUUAUGGCAACUUCAAAGGAGACCAGAGUUAUGGAGAAGAAAACUACGAAGAUAACUACAAUCAGAGCUGGGAAGGUAGAGAAUCGACGCGCGGUGGUAGAGGUCGCGGCGCGCCUCGUGGUAGAGGUCGGGGGGGUAGAGGCCGUGGCGGUCCUGGGUUCAGGGAUCGCUCGCCGAUACCUGGUAGAGGUGGAUUUGACCGCUUCUCACACCAAGAUUACUCUAGACCUAUUUCCGUCACAGAGAGGAAUGAUUGUGAAAUCAUAGUUGUGUCCAAAUCGUUGACUGAAUAUGCAGAAUAUAUAGAGAGUAGACUGAAACAUCUCGGAAUAGUUGUCGAUCUACUAUUCCCAAUGGAAGAUGUCCCGAUUGGCAAAGUAUUGGGCAACAUAGCGUCCAGAGGCUGUCUGUACGCCAUUCUAGUUAUGCCUCAGAACCAAGAGCACAGGUCAUUGACAUUGACCAUAUUACAUGGUUUACCUCAAGAGCAUCGCAACAUGCCUUUAGAAGAUGCGUUGCAGUUGUUAUCCAGAAAUUUCCAAGAGGUACAAAGAGGUGGACCUUCAGGCCGGGAGGCAGUAUACGCGUUACUAGGUCAGCUGGCCGACGGCAGAACGCUUACAGUGCUACAGUAUGAGAAAGUCAUUGAAUAUUUACAGGAACGUAAAGAACAGCAAGUUAAAAUUGAACUCGGCGAACCUCUCACCCCGGCUCCGGCUAACAAGAAAGCUGAAGUGGAUUUGCAGCAAAGGAUCUUGAGCAUCUUGAACGAUAAGAAAGUAGCACCAAGUGAACCAUCACCAGUUCCAGCUCCAGUUCCGGCGCCAGCGAUCGCACAGAAUAAGCUGCUCAAUGAUCCUACAGUCAGAAAAGCUCUAGAUUCGAUUCUUCAAAAUUUCACAUAG